UUCCUCUCUUCUUCUUUUUUACCUUGUACGAAUUUUUGUUCCCUUUUCCUUCUUUUGGUUCAACUGAGAUACGCGUUGAAGGUCCGAACAGUUUAUGUUGGGAUCGACGCGAGGAAACUCUUUUCAGAGCUCGAAUUCUGAGAUGGGUUUUCAAGGGAAAGAGAGUGGGUGUUAAAGUUCAAACAUCUUUCAUUUUUUAAUUUCUAUUUUCUUUUUUUUUUUUUUUUGGGGGAUUUUUUUGGGGGUUGUUUGAUUGGAAAUGGGGGGUUGUUUUACGUGCUUUGGAUCUUCGAAUGAGGCGAAAGAAGAGAGAAAUGGUGUGAAGAAGGAAUUUGGGAAAGAGGGUUCUGCUCCUGCUGCUGCUGCUGCUGUCAGCAGAGUCAGCUCAGAUAAAUCGAAGUCUCGUAACGGUUCCGAUUCUAGAAAGGAAGGUUUGGUUCCCAAAGAUGGGCCAACGGCACAUAUAGCUGCACAGACUUUUACGUUUCGGGAGCUUGCUGCCGCUACCAAGAACUUCAGGCAAGAGUGCCUUCUGGGUGAAGGUGGGUUUGGACGCGUGUAUAAAGGUCGGUUGGAGAGCACUGGACAGGUCGUAGCUGUAAAACAACUUGACAGGAAUGGCCUCCAAGGAAAUAGAGAAUUUUUGGUGGAGGUUCUUAUGCUCAGCCUCUUACACCAUACGAACCUUGUCAAUUUGAUAGGUUAUUGUGCUGAUGGGGACCAGCGCCUCCUCGUCUACGAGUUUAUGCCAUUGGGAUCUUUGGAGGAUCAUUUACAUGAUAUUCCACCUGAAAAAGAGCCUCUAGACUGGAAUACGAGGAUGAAGAUUGCCGCUGGUGCAGCAAAAGGGUUAGAAUACUUGCAUGACAAAGCAAACCCUCCCGUUAUUUAUAGGGACUUCAAAUCAUCCAACAUUCUACUUGAUGAAGGAUAUCAUCCGAAGUUGUCGGAUUUUGGGCUUGCGAAACUGGGUCCUGUUGGGGACAAGACUCAUGUCUCCACACGGGUGAUGGGAACAUAUGGUUAUUGUGCUCCUGAGUAUGCUAUGACCGGACAGCUUACACUGAAAUCAGAUGUCUAUAGUUUUGGCGUAGUCUUCCUUGAGCUCAUCACAGGACGCAAGGCUAUCGACAACACCCGAGUUGCUGGGGAGCACAACUUGGUUGCUUGGGCACGUCCACUGUUCAAGGACCGUCGAAAAUUCCCCAAGAUGGCAGAUCCCCUUUUGCAAGGCCGUUACCCGAUGCGAGGCCUUUACCAAGCCCUUGCUGUUGCUGCCAUGUGUUUGCAAGAGCAAGCUGCUACUCGGCCACUUAUAGGGGAUGUCGUGACUGCUCUGACAUAUUUAGCUUCCCAAACUUACGAUCCAAAUGCAGCUUCUACUCAUAGUAGUAGAGUAGGUCCAUCUACCCUGAAGGACAAGGAUGACCAAAAGAACCUAGGUGGUGGGCCUGACAGCCAUGAUGAGGUGGGACGCGUCAGACGGCAUGGUGUCCAAUCACCACAUCAAAAUUCUCCCGAUUUCAGACACAGGGACCUCGCCUGGGGAGUGAGCUUUGGUGCAGAAGCUGGCAGAGGAGAUUCGGGAGGCGGGUCCGGAAGGAAAUGGGGUUUGGAUGAGUUGGACAAGCAGGAAUCUCAGAGGGAUAGUCCUGUUCAUGCAGGGAAAGCAAGGGAAGGUCCAAGGAAUCACAAUCGAGAUCUUGAUAGAGAGCGUGCAGUUGCGGAGGCCAAAGUAUGGGGCGAGAAUUGGAGAGAGAGAAAACGAGCAAAUGCUCUCCGUAGCUCCGAAGGUGCAAAUGAGUAACUGGGAGGUAAUUCCUAUACCUAAACCCCAAGUCAGCAUGCUUUUGGUCUGUGUAAGUCUUUAGCAGAGAAUAGUUGUAUGGUUCAGAGGCGCCACUCCCAGAAAAGAACAAAAUAUCAGAAGCCAUCUUCUGUUCUAUCUUGCUUUCCGUUUUCACCAGGGGAAUAAGGUCCAUUGCUACCUUUUCUAUUCCAUUCGUAGUGCACCCUUGACGGCGUCCAAUGCCCAGACGACAGACAUCUUCUCAAAGUCCAUUGAAAGUCAUCAUGUAAUUCUUGUCAUUUGUUGGGAACUGUCAAACACCAACAAAAAGGAAAAAGAAAAAGAAAAAAGAAAAGAAAAGAAAGCUGUUAAAAAUUGUAGAGUUAGAAUUGUGGAUGAGUCGCCCAACACCGACAUGUACACUGUGCAGCUUGUUGCACUCUCUGUAUGUAAGGCUUUGCAAAGCCUAAGGUACAGAAAGGAAGUUUGGAAGAAAUUUGUCUUAAUUUUUGCCCAUAGUCUUUGUAGGGCUGUUUGAUUUCAAUCUUGUCUUUUUUCCCCUAAUCUAAAUAUGAUUCUCUCUUA